AUGCACAUAUCCUCGCCUACGUUAAGAAGACUGCGGGAUAGCCUAUCAAAUCGGCAAAGAAAGAUAACCCCAGAACCUCUCUUAAGCCGACAUUAUUCCCAACCUCCUCUGUCUAACAUCGUCGGUAACUCCCAAGACUUUUCCCGAUAUACUAGUGGACGAUGGCUCUGGAACGAAAAGCAGCAGCUUCAAGAGAGAUACCGAGAAUUUAACAUUCUUGAGCUGCAGAAAGUUGCCAUUCAAGCUUCAUCUUCUGAGCGCUGUCUCAGUAUGGCAAAGAUAGGGGAACGAUCGUGCAAUAAAUCAUUCAAGCUCAUCAUGGACACUGGGAAAACGGUUAUCGCUCGGAUACCGAAUCCGAAUGCUGGACCAACAAUUUUGACGACGGCGUCUGAGGUUGCUACGAUGGACCUUGUGAUUCCCGAAGUGCUUGCGUGGAAUUCGGCUGUCAAUUCUACAAAUCGUGUAGGAGCUGAGUAUAUUGUCAUGGAGAAUGCUACGGGUGGCAAUCUUGCAGAUGUUUGGGCGGACAUGGAUCUUGAGCAUAAGGUUCAGACAAUGAAGGAUAUAGUAAAAUUUCAGCAAAAGUUGCUAUCAUUGAGAUUUUCUGUAUAUGGCUGUCUUUAUAAUCAGAAAGACGCACCUCCUGGGUCUCAACCUGCAAUAGUAGAAGGAGACAACUACCCACUAGAAGUCAGGCAGAAGAUCGCUGAAAGGUUUUCCAUCGGCCCGGUUGCCGAUACAGCCUUCUGGAGCAAUGAGCGUGGGAGUAUGAAUAUUGAUCGUGGACCAUGGACUUCUGCAAUCGACUACAUACGUGCUCUCGCCAAUCAAGAAAUAUCCUGGAUCAAGGAAUACGCAAUACCACGUUCACCAGAUGAUCCACUAUUCACUUCCUACAGCCAAAGCCAUCCUGCUGAACACAACUCCCUUCUCCAAAAAUACCUAACCGUCACACCUCACCUAAUCCCACGGGAUAAAGACAUCCUAGGAUCAUUCUUAUGGCACACCGACCUCCGCACUCCUAACAUCUUCGUCGACAACAGCGGCCACAUCACAAGCAUAACAGACUGGCAAAGCACAUGGGCUGGUCCAUUGUUCCUCGAAGGCCGCCAUCCGCAUUUCCUCGACUACACCGGGGACUUGCUACUCAAACCACCUAAGGAUUUCAAACAGCUGGAUAACGAUACCCAAAAGGACCUCAGAGAGAAGAUCUCCCGAUCAAUCCUACUAUACCUCUACGAAAAAUACACAGCGAAGAAAAACCCACUCCUGGACAAACUACUCCGAUACCCCAACGGCAAGAUAUUAACUCAUCCGAUCCACUUCGUGGGAAACACAUGGGACGGAGAUAUCUUACCUCUACGAGAAUCAUUAAUUAGAAUUCAGAACAACUGGACUACCCUCCACCACACAGACCCUACCACGAAGUGCCUCAUCACCUUCACCCCCAACGAAAUCCACAAACACCACAAAGACAGCGAAGGAUGGAACGAAGUGCAAGAUUUCUGGGACGCGUUGUCCGGAAUCCUCAGCAGAGAUGGCUGGACCUCGUAUGAGACCUACGAUCAGGCUGUUUCUAUUUAUUCUCAGAUUCAGGAUUUGCAUGAUAAGCAACAUUCUAAGACAGAAGAUGAUGUAUAA